AGGAGAGUUUGAGACAUGUAUGAAGCCAGUUUAUCAUUAUAUACAUUGUUUACAUAUACUUGGUCUUGGGCUGCCAGUUACCAUUAUUAUCCUCGUUAUCUUUUCUCCUUAAUAAAAUGUGUGAGCAGCGUGACAGCAGGUGUCUUGAACACGGAAACUGCCCUUAAACAAUGCCAGGGGGAAUUUAGUGUCCAAAUGGUGGGGACGCGUGUUUAUGUUGGAGGUUUAAGCUAUCGGGUAGGUGAGAGAGACCUAGAAAGAUUCUUCAGAGGUUUUGGAAGACUCAGAGACAUCGUUAUUAAGAAUGGCUUUGCGUUUGUGGAAUUUGAUGAUCACAGAGAUGCUGAUGAUGCAGUGUACGAGAUGAAUGGCAAGGAUUUAAUGGGGGAAAGGGUCCUGGUAGAGUUUGCACGAGGCACACGAUCAGCUGGAGGCAGCCUGUAUUCUGGCGCAUAUUCUCGCAAGACUCGAGCUCCAUGGAUGGAAAAAUAUGGACUACCAACACGAACUGACUACCGCUUGAUAGUGGAGAAUUUGUCAAGUCGAGUGUCAUGGCAGGAUCUCAAAGACUUCAUGCGUCAGGCAGGGGAGGUUACCUAUGCCGAUGCCCACAAGCACAGGAGAAAUGAAGGAGUUGUAGAGUUUGCAACAUAUGCUGAUAUGAAGGGAGCUAUUAACAAGUUGGAUGGCAAAGAGCUCCAUGGUCGACGUAUCCGCCUGCUCAAUGACUCUUCUCGGCGACCCCGCAGAUCACAUUCAAGAUCCUCUUCAAGAUCUAGAUCUCGGUCUCGUUCACGCUCCAGGUCUCGCUCUCGCAGCCGAUCAAGGUCGCGUUCCCGGUCACGCUCCCAAACUCGCUCUCGAAGCCGAUCAAGAUCUCGCUCACCAUCUCGCUCACGAAGCCGUUCUCAUUCAAGAGACAGACGGGCAAGGAAGUCUCGAUCAAAAUCUCGCUCUAAAUCCCGAUCCCGUUCAAGAUUGCGAUCCCAGUCAAAAUCCAGAUCCAGGUCUAAGUCCAGAUCUAAAUCCAAGUCAAAAUCCAAGUCUAGAUCUAAGUCUAGAUCACGAUCCCAAUCAAAGGAGAAAUCGAAAUCCAGGUCACGAUCACCGAGUCACAGCAAGUCUCCUGUUAAUGAUCAGUCAUCCAGUCGAUCUCGUUCCCAGACCCCAAAAGCAAAGGAAGAAGAGGACAAUUAGAAUUAGCAUGUACAAUAAUUAUAAAAAAUAUGGUAUUGAUUAAGGUGGAAUAAUGGAACUUACUUUCUUACAUGUAACUUAAAGAAAUUCUUGUACUGCAUUUUAUUGUUCAUAAAUUUCUUUGAAGCAUUUAUUAACUUCAGUGUUGUAAAUGUAAUUAUAUCAUCAUUAUUAUUAUUAUUAUUAUUAUUAUUACUACAAUUUGUAUUAACAUUAUUGUAGUUAUUGUUAUUUUGAUUGAGUACUAUGAUGCCACCAUCUGGUAAAGAGUAGGAUAUACUUCGCAGUCAUUUUGUCUACCAGUUUUAGAAGUAGGCCUCACUGAAUUUAUAUAUCAUCAAUUAUUUUUUUUUAUUGUUAUAAGUAUUACAGUGGCUGUCUCCCACCAAGGUAGGGUAACACAAGAAAGGAAACAUUCACCAUCAUUCAAUAGCUAUUUUCUCAGAAGUGCACAGACUUAAGAACUAAAGUUCCUGCACCUCUCUUUCGUUUCAUAAGCAGAUGAAGCCAUUCUCUGUAAUUUAUAUUUUUUAGUUAUGUGAACCAGUUUGUAAGUUGUUUGCUGGCUCUCUGUCAUACUUUCAUUUUUUUUUUUUUUAAGGUGCAGACACCAUACUACAAUGCCACAGUAUAUUACUCUUUGGCCUGUAUUAUGCUGUAAAUAUUUUUUUAAGCAUUCUCACAUCUAUACCUGAAGGAAAUUUAGUGUGUGCACCCGUGUAACAUAAGAGUUUCUCAGAAUUGUAUUUGUGGUCUUUUUGUAGUGAUUUUUUGUCUAUGAUGACUUGUAUAAUCCAAUUUGAUGCUCUCAAUGUUUUAUCACAAUAGUAUGUAUUCUUUGAGUGGCCUCUUAUUUCUUUUUCCCCAUUUCUACUUCAAAGCACUUUUCAACUUCAUAUCCCAACAUCACCCAGUUGAUUUAAGUCUUCUUGUUACAAUUUACAAUCUCUCUUAUUGCAGAGAAUUUUUUCUUUCUUCUUUCAACACACCAGCCGUAUCCCACCGAGGCGGGGUGGCCCAAAAGGAAAAACGAAAGUUUCUCCUUUUACAUUUAGUAAUAUAUACAGGAGAAGAGGUUACUAGCCCCUUGCUCCCGGCAUUUUAGUCGCCUCUUACAACACACAUGGCUUACGGAGGAAGAAUUCUGUCCCACUUCCCUAUGGAGACAAGAGGAAGUAAACAAGAAUGAGAACUAGAAAGAAAAUAGAAGAAAACCCAGACAGGUGUGUAUAUAUGUGCUUGUACAGGUAUGUGUAGUGUGACGUAAGUGUAAGUAGAAUUAGCAAGACGUACCUGAAAUCUUGCAUGUUCAUGAGACAGAAAAAAAGGACACCAGCAAUCCUACCGUCAUGUAAAACAGUUACAGGCUUUCGUUUUACACUCACUUGGCAGGACGGCAGUACCUCCCUGGGCGGUUGCUGUCUACCAACCUACUACCUACAAGAUAAUUUUUUAUCAUCCACAAAUAUGUCUCCCCUCCCCCCUUCCCCAAGUCAGUUGCAUAAAUCAUUAACAUUGGGUCAGGAAAUCUCUUGUCCACUAUAAUGGUUUGCUUUUUAUGUUUUGUGGCCUGUUUUAUGGCUACUUUUGUGAACAUUCAGUUAUUGAUAUCAUCACUCUGGCUUGUAGCACAUAAUUUAUUACGUGCACAUGCACAAUUUAAAUCAUGGGGAAACUCAUUUUACACUGGCAAAUAUUAAAAGUUCCUGAAUAUAUGGAUGAAUGAAUGCUAGGAAGCUUUUCACAUUGUAUGUUAUGCUCAAAAUAUUUAGCAAUAGUAUUGUGUCUUCAUCUCAAAAAAUGCAUGUGGAUAAGAUAGCAAAAGUCUCAAGUAAGUUCCAAAAAUGGAUCUCAACACUAGAAAUAUGACUUGCAAACAAGGAUAAAAUUAAGUAAAAUGCCUUUGGGUGAUUGAAGAAAUGAGGAGUGUUAAUUAUAUGUUGGGUAGCUGAAUAAUAUGAGAAAAUCUAUGAAGAUUUCUUAGUACCAUCAAGAGAGAGGCUAAAGUUGUAAACCAAGGAGGGAACAAAAAAUACUGUACUACCUGUACUAGUGUUUUUCUUAGUGACAAAACAGUGGAAUGGUAUCUAUGAGUAGGUAGCACUGACAUCACAAGCCUGGCUUUGUAUUCAUUGUAAAAAAAUUGGUAGUCAUACACGUACAGUUUUUCUUUUGUUCCACUAACAGAAAACUUCCAGCUUUGUCUUGCUUGAAUUUCUAGUUUUCACUUGUGUCCUUCCCUAAUAAAAGGUUUGUUUUAUGUCUUAAAUGAUUACAGAUAGAUUGUCAGAUAAUGAAGACAAGGCCAGAUUGUUAUUUAUUAGGAAAUCCAGAGCAGUGGGACUUAUGGAAAUUGAGCUUCCAAGCAGGUUAGAGAUGUGAAAAGCAUUUCUGCAGAGGAAGAGUAACAAAGACAGACAAGAGAUGGGCAGUGACAGAAUAGAAACUGACUUCCUAAGGGGAUUCAAAUUUAAAUAUGGUUUAGCUAAUUUACAGUAAUAAUUUAUAAGGUAAGAAGAGGGCUGAAGAGCUGAGUCUUGAUUUCUGCAGUUAUAAAGUUGUUAAUUGCAGAGAUAAGUCAUAAUUUAUACCUACUUUGAAGGGUUUAGAACAUUGUCAGUGGUGUCUCAGAUUCCUGAAGUGUAAACUGAGGGAAGGAACCAAUUUAAUUUCUGGUGGUUUACUAGGAGACAUUAGAUGUGGUGGCACAGACAGACCCACGUGUAUAAAAUAAAGCUGAAAAUAGAGUACUACUGUGUAUUUCAGCUUACCCACUGAAGCCUUCCUAAACAGACAAGGAUGGAGAGGGCUCUUUUAUUUUUGUAAUGUUGGUUCAUUUGUAUAUUCACAAAACCACCUUUACCCCCUCCCUCCAACCUUUUCGAGGAUGACCUCUACCUUGCCUUCCUUCCCCUACAGAUUUGUAUGCUCUCCAAGUCAUUCUACUUUGUUCCAUUCUCCCUAAAUGAUCAAACCACCUUAACAACCUCUUGUCAGCUCUCUGACUAAUACUUUUAGUAACUCCACACUUCCUCCUGAUUUCCACACUAUGAAUUCCUGGCUCCAGCUGCCUCCUCACUGUAGAAUUUAUAACACAUGCUUCACACCCAUAUAAGAAUGUUGGUACUACUAUACAUUUCCUUUAUCUCCAUGGAUAACGUCUUUUGUCUCCACAGAUACCUCAACACAACACUUACUUUUUUUCUUCAUCAGUUCUAUGGUUAACCUCAUCCUUCAUACGUCCAUCUGCUGACACGUCAACUCCCAAAUAUCUGAAAACAUUCACUUUUUCCAUACUCCUCUCCAAUUUGAUAUCCAGUUUUUCUUUAUCUAAAUCAUUUGAUACCCUCAUCACCUUACUCUUUUCUAUGUUCACUUUCAACUUUCUACCUUUACACACACUCAUACAUUUAUUAAAUAAAAAUACCAACCCCUCCAACACUAUAUUAUCCCCUGCUCUUAACAUUUUUGUCAUGAUCCCGUCAGUUCCAGCUGCUUUACCCUCGUUUCAUUCUACAUAAUGCCUCACGCACUACCCCUACAUUCACAUCCUGCUCUUCUUCACUCCUUAAAGAUGUUAUACCUCCCUGGCCAGUGCUUGAAAUUACUGCCUCCCUUUCUUUAUCUACAUUUAAAAGUUCCUCAAAAUAUUCCCGCCAUCUACCCAAUACCUCCAAGCUCUCCAUCUAACUCCCCUACUCUAUUUUGAACUGACAAAUCCAUUCAUUCCCUAGGCUUUCUUAACCUGUUAUCUCGCUCCAAUUUUUUUUCCUUAAUUUCAGCAAAACUUGGUUGACAGGGCCUCUCCCACUCUAUCAUUUGCUCUUCUUUUGCGCUUUCUCACCCCUCCCUUCACCUUUCUUUUACUCUCCAUAUACUCUGCCCUCCUUAUAUCACUUCUGCUUUGUAAAAACCUAUUAUAAACUACCUUUUUUUUCUUUUAUCACACCUUUUACCUCAUUCCACCAAUCACUUCUGAAGAGGAGUGAUUGGUGGAAUGCACCCACACUCUUAUAGCCACAAACUUCUGCCCCAAAUUCUAAUACUGCAUUUUUCAAACUAUCCCAUCCCUUUAUUCCCCUUCCCCCUACUACCCAUACUUACACUAGCUAUCCUUCUUGUGGCCAGUGACACUGAAUGAAUUAUGGAUAUGGAUUGUGGAAUUUGAAUAAUUUUACGUGCUUUUAUUUUGGUUUCUGUAAUUUGACAGUGAGUUGGUGACAACAGUAGCAUGUUGAUAAUGUAAAUUUGAUAAUGUUAGAAAAUGUAUAAUUUUAAAAUACUGAAUAACCUAACUGUAAUUCUUUGUAAAUAAGUAAAACAUCUCCAUCCCGCCAAGGUAGAGAUCCAAAAAAGGAAACAUUUUCUAUCAUUCAUUCAAUACCUGCCUUGCCAGAAGUCCACAGACAUAAUUCAGAUGACCCUCCAGACUGUAACAUCCUCACUCUUCCUUCAGACACAGCUAAUAAUUUUUUGGUGAUGAUGGAAAUAUUUUUAUUUGAAAAUAAAUGAAGGUAAUGGAGAAGAUAAUUAUAAAACUUGCAUAUGAAUUUACUAGUUUUUAUCUGAGCAUGGUUUAGACUUCAGAUUUCUAAAUACUGUAUGAAACUCAAGAUUCUUUAAGAAACUCAAGGACUUAGGAAAGGUGGCAAAAUCUUCAUUAGGAAAGAUAUAUCUAAAGAAGAUAGUAAAGAUUAAGAGCAAAAUAUAAACCGGCUUAAGAUUUAAAUAAAAAAUAAGUUUUUUUCCUUGUAAGAGGUCUGAAUAAUCACACCUGUGCACUGAAGUUGUGUGAAAUAUAAAACAACAGCAUUUUUAGAAUGUGUAACUUCCAUGCUCUGGACAGGAUAUCUUAAGGCUUUUAAAGUGAAUGUUUCAUUUUUUAUGGCUACUCUUACUUAUGAGACUUCAGUGUGAUUAAAGGAAAAAUUCUCACCGCAUGUUGAUCUCAGAUAUGACAUCUCCACUACUUCCAACCACAUCUUCACUGCAGCAUUCUUAAUCCAUGCCUCGCACACAAAAGAAAUGUGAGUUUAGGUCCCAGACCUGUUUUGCUUUUUUAACUUGUUGGCUGUUUUCCAUUAAGGCAGGUAAAGAAGGCAAAUGCACUUGCCAUCACUUAUUCCUAGUUGUCUUUUUAGAGGUGUAUUGAUAUCACACUUUGGUUGAUCUACCAAUCUCAGCAUCUCCGAUGAUCCUUCAGUGCUCGUACCAUACUUCCCAGCUCCAGAACUUGAGUCGGCCUUACCAGUUUCCCAGAAUUCUUUGAUAAAUAUUACUUUGCUUACACUCCAGAAGCCCCCAUGAAAUCCCAAGAACCACCUGUCUCUACUCAGAGACAGGUGGUUCUUGCUAGUAAGCCUGUACCUCUAAUAACCUUUUCAUGCCCUCUUAUUCUUAGGAUAGCUCUCAAUACCUUCCAUACUGUCUUGGUUAAUGUAUCCUGCUCCAGCCUUUCUGAAUUAUCUACCAGUCUUAAAAACCCCUCCUUCACCUACCUUAUUCCCUUCAGUUUGACAUUCUUUCAUUGCCUAUAUUUUUCUUUAAUAUUAUCACCUUGUUCAUUUUCUAUUUUCACUGAAAGUUUUUUUUACACUGCCUCUCAAACUUGCUUCAUUUUAUAGGCAUUGUCCUUGUGUACUGUAAUAAAUACUACAUAUAAUUUAAUCAUUAUCAUGAACACAGGAGCAGAUUGAGCCGGGGUGAACGUUGUCACCACAGAAGUACAUGUAUCAUCAGUGUCAUCUAAGGAUCUGCACAUUAUGGUUCAUUCCAUCCCCAACUCGCUGUUUUUUUUUUUGUUUUUUUUUCUUUCACUGCUAUAUGUAGCAGUAUUUUCAUAAUUCAUUCAUCUAGAUGGCAUAUGCAUGUAUAAUUACAGGUAGUGUAAUUCAUAGUACACAAAAUGGUGGAUGCUAGGUUAGGCUGAAAAUGUGCACCCUAUUUCCUCUUACAAUUAUUUUUGUAUGUGUUGUAGAUUAUUAAAACAUGUAGGAUAAAUGAAUUCUUUGAUGCUGCAUGCUCUAUAAAAUUAUUCAUUAAAACUAGGGCUAAUAUAUUUUUAAUAAAUAUAGGCUUCUGUCUCGUCAUUGACUGUCUUCUAUCGUGGAACAUUUCACGACAUCUGCAAUUCCGUUAAUACUUUCUCAUUCGCUGUAUUCUGUAUCAUUCAUCUACAAGCAAAUCACACGUAGAAUUGAUUCCGAGUAGAUAUAAAUAAUGGCUAUACUGUUCUGUACAACAUAUGAUUUCAGGAUUUCAUGUUAAUAUGGAAUAAAAGACAUGUAUGCA